AUGGCACUAAUGACAUUGAUCCAAAGUGUCAAUUUUCAAGUACCGUUCGGCCGAUGGCAUUUUGUCCCUAGCCUUGUGAAACAUCUUUGCCAGAAUACCUUGACGGCGCAAUGGACGAAGAAGCUACCAAUCAUACAGAGGCAAACACCGGCUGAACUCGCUGCAAACGCCAUCCUCGACGCUCUCAACACCAUCGAAGACAUCGACUCUGCUCAAUGGACCAUUAUUGACUUCUGCUCUGGCGGUGGUGGACCGAUUCCAGUCAUCGAAAGACAUAUCAACCGCCACCGGAAGCUCGAGGGCAAACAGCCAAUUCAAUUUCGCCUCUCAGACAUCGUCCCAAACCUCGAUGCGUGGAUGGCUCAUGCUUCGCGCUCCGACAAUCUCUCCUUCGUGCCUCAGCCCGUGGAUGCGAGCUUCCCUCCUUUUAGUGUCAUUAGUACUACAACACCCGGGGACAAGCAAGCAGCCGCAGACCAGGGCCUUGUCUCGAAUGGUAGCAAAGUGUUCCGCCUCUUCUGCUUGUCGUUCCAUCAUUUCGAUGAUGAGCAGGCAAAACGGGUCAUCAAGAGUACGCUGGAGACUAGCGACGCAUUUGCUAUCAUUGAACUACAAGACCGAUGUGUAGGCAGUCUGGCUUUAAUGCUACUGGAGUACUGGUUACUGUUCAUCAUCUCUGCUCUGUGGUUCUGGCACAACCGACUACAUCUGCUGCUCACAUACUGCAUCCCGGUACUGCCAGCUAUACAUUGCUUCGAUGGAUUCGUCAGUUGUCUUCGAACACGGACAUUCGCAGAAACCAUGCAUCUUGUGGAGGAUGUUCAAGGUGGCAAGGCUGCUGUUAGGGAAGACAGUCAGGGUCGUCUGCGACGAGGCCAUUGGGUUUUCUCGCAUAGUCGUUCAUUGCAUACAUGGCCGGUAGGCUACAUGGACUUCACUUUUGGGAAGAAGAUUGAGGGCAAGUAG